AUGUCGGAGCAAGUUAAUAAUACAAGUGAUGACCAACUUUUUGAAUUGGGGGUCAAACUUAAGAAGGAAAAUUCAAACCGGUUCACCGUAGGCCUUCACAAGUGCCAGAAGAUUUUCAUUCCCGUUUACGAUCGAAUUGGGAAGCAUUGGUAUUUGGUAGUUGUGCAUAUUGGUGAUAAAAAGGUUGAAAUAUGGGAUAGCCUCCCCGGGCCAGAUACAAUGCAGAUGAAAGUUCUGGACUACAUGUACAAAGAUGAGAUUGUAAAAUAUUUUGAAAAGGGAUGGCAGUUUGCAAAAUUCAACAUUGUGCGAACUGACAGGCCCGCAAACAACAAAAUGGAUACGUUGUGGUAUCUUCGUUAUGAAUUGGCUAGAAGAUAUUGA